GUGACUUUCUGGUUGCGCUGAUAUUGUAUUCUCAAAAUUCAUUGUGUUGAGAUGUAGAUAGUCUGGAAACAGUGCAUUAGAUAUGACGCACACGCGGUGACUGCUUUGCAUACCAGGCGGACACAAACACGCGUGGAAAGUUAUGAAGUCAAGUGAGUUCGAUCAUAUUUAAAGAGCUACAGAGCCACAGAAAUACACUGUUAUGGGCAUCCUGGAGUGAAAGCCGAGGGAUCCAGGGUUUAUUUAAGCCUCGACAGGGUGUUUCUUUUGAGCACAUUUGCGGUUUGAUUUCUUUCUUUGCUGUUGGGACUGAACGUCGGUCUAAUUUGUUUAAUUUGGCGAGUGGAAACACAGAGUCGCGUAUAUCAUGAAUAUCGUAACUGAAUUAUUCGUAGUCACUUUUAAAAUAAUAUGGUCGUUUUUACUGGCCGGUGCUAGCUGGUUCAUUCCUCCGCGGGAAAAGUGUGUGGAGGGCCAAGUGUGUGUAAUUACCGGAGCUGGAAGCGGUCUCGGGCGACUCUUUGCGCUGGAGUUUGCCCAGAGACGAGCGACCCUUGUGCUGUGGGACAUCAACCGACAGAAUAACGAAGAGACCGCAGAGAUGGUGCGUGAAAUCUACCGAGAAACUGGGUCUUUGGAUAGUGUUCAAGAGUUGUCUCUGUUUCAGCCAAAAGUGUACACGUAUGUUUGCGACGUCAGUAAACGCGAGAGUGUGUAUUCAACUGCAGAGAAGGUGCGCAAUGAGGUGGGCAACAUCGACCUGUUGAUCAAUAAUGCUGGAGUUGUCUCAGGUCGUCAUCUUCUCGAGUGCCCGGAUGAGCUUAUCGAGAGAACUAUGAUGGUCAACUGCCAUGCUCACUUCUGGACUGCAAAGGCUUUCCUUCCCAAGAUGCUUGAGCUGAAUCACGGACACAUUGUAACUGUAGCUAGCUCAUUGGGCUUGUUCACCACUGCUGGUGUAGAGGACUACUGUGCGAGCAAGUUCGGAGCCAUAGGCUUCCAUGAGUCCUUGAGCCAUGAACUGAAAGCAGCUGAUAAGGAUGGAAUAAAGAUGACGCUUGUCUGUCCUUUUUUAGUUGACACUGGCAUGUUCAAAGGCUGCAAAAUUAGGAAAGAAAUGGCUCCAUUGUUUCCACCGCUAAAGCCAGAGUACUGUGUCAAACAGGCCAUGAGAGCCAUACUAACAGACCAACCAAUGAUCUGCACGCCACGAGUCAUGUACAUGGUCACCUUCAUGAAAACUGUUUUGCCAUUUGAUGCCAUUGUUUCCAUGUACAGAUUUAUCGGUGCUGAUAAAUGCAUGUACCCAUUUCUGGCUCAACGGAAGGAGUCCACAAACAACAAUGAAUCAAAGACUGGAAUCUAACUGGUUCUGACUGAGCAAUGCUGCAAAAUUCUGUGUUAGUUCCUCUGGAAUGCUGAAACUGUACAUUGUUUUUUUUUUUUUUUAAGAUGAAUUUUUGCUGUCAACUUUGAGGUUGCAAUAAUUACAAAUGUAGAACACUAUGUAGCGAUUAGCUUUAAUAAUGAAAUGUUGUGUGUUACUGUAAGGUUGCUUAAGGCCUGUCACCUAUUUAUAUGUAUUCACAUUUUAUUUGUCAAGUAUUGUUGCUUUCUUCUCAACAUUCCAAGACUUUGUCACUUUAGAGGUUUUAUCCUCCUAAUAACACUAUGAAAUGCACGAUGUAAUGAAAGUAUUUCUUCUUGUUGCCUUUGUGGUCUUGAUGUGUUGAUUAUUUGGACAACAACAAUGAUUAAAGCAAAAUAUUAACAGAAAUUGCCCCAAGUGCUUAUUGU